AUGGCGGAUUCUCCUCGCAAAAAGUACUCACGAUCCCCUUCUCCGUGGAGAGCUCAGUCCAGGUCCAGGUCCAGGUCUUGGUCUAGGCCUAGGUCAAGGUCAAGAUCGUGGUCUAGGCCAAGGCAGAGAUCUCGCUCUAGAAGUCGUGGCAGAUCAAGGUCCAGAAGUCCUGGCAGGCCUGCUGCUAUAAAUCCUGGAAAUACACUGUAUGUGACUGGCUUAUCAACAAGGGUCUCAGAGAAGGAUGUUGAAAGGCAUUUUUCAAAGGAGGGAAAGGUAGCCUCGUGCUUUCUUGUUGUGGAGCCCCGCACUCGAAUUUCUCGUGGUUUUGCCUUUGUUACUAUGGACUCUGUUGAAGAUGCUGAACGGUGCAUUAAACAUCUCAACCAGUCAGUUCUGGAAGGUCGAUACAUAACUGUUGAGAGGUCUCGGAGGAAGCGGCCAAGAACUCCAACACCUGGGCAUUAUCUUGGGUUGAAAAAUACUAGAGACUAUGGUUAUCGAGGUGAUCGGGAUGGGGAUCGGGAUCGGGAUCGGGAUCGUGAUCGUGAUCGUGAUCGUGGUAGGUAUCGUGGGGGCUCAGGUCGUGAUGACUAUGGAUAUCGGAGGUCUCCAAGGCGCUCACCGUACAGAGGUGGCCGUGAUUAUUCUCCUAGGGGUUCACCUUAUGGCGGAAGAUCAAGAAGGGAGAGGUCUUAUUCUCCCUAUGGCAGCCCUGAAAGGAAGUAUGCUCGUGGCUCUAGAUGA